ACUUAUAACUUUGUUUGUCUAUGACUCUUCUGAAUUCAAAACUUCAAAACAGCCCAGUCAGACGGCGAGAAGUGGCGCAGCCUUUUUGAGAGCCAUUCUUCCCAAUUAUUUAAAUACUUCUCUGGCCUUCAGUCCAACACUUGCUUGCAAGUCAAUGAUUACACGGCGGAGUCAAGAAACCUAAAUACCGAACACCACGAAAGAGCUCGAUGAGCUAUUCGACAACCUCGAUUUUGCGGAAUCAGCGCCACGAGUACCUCUCAAGGACCUCAAAUACUUAGGUAAUUUAGCCUCAGCUUAGCGGAGUCUCUACUGAGUUUAUUUUGGUAUCCUCUAAGUCUUGUCAUAAUGUCGACGAAGCCAUUAGCGCACGAGAAGCGCAAGGGCGAAUCGGCGCUCAGCGAUUUCGCGGAUUAUGUAGAGCAACAGCAGAACUUGCGGUAUCCGACCGCGCGAACGACGACGGACGCAGCUGAGACCACAGACUCAAAUACCGAACACCACGAAGAACUCGAUGAGCUAUUCGAUAACCUCGACCUUGCGGAGUCAGCACCGCGAGUGCCUCUCAAGGACCUUCUGCUUGGAUCGACUGAAGAUGAAGACACAUUGAAGCAAUUGGAGGAAAUUGUCUCUGACCGAUUAGAGGAAGGUUUCGGCGAAUGCGUUUUCGAGAUUGGAUAUGAGAACCAUGGCGAAUCGAUGAACCUAACCCUCGAUCAAUGGAACCAGGCGUUCAAAACACUUCAGGAAGCAGCAAAUGGGGUGCGCGCCGACUGCGAUCUGUUAUUAACUAAGAAUGUUGGUGGCGACCUCGAGGCCGCGAGCACUACCGACAAGCCUACCAAGGAUAAAAGCUGCAGCGGCAAGGUUCUGAUCCGCCAGAAUCCCGCAACAAUAGAGGAUGUCAUUGAAACCCGGAUAGCGGUAGUAGGGAAUGUCGACGCAGGCAAGAGUUCCAUGUUGGGCGUGCUCGUAAAGGGAGACCUUGAUGAUGGAAGAGGUAAAGCUCGCGUCAAUCUCUUUAGACACAAGCACGAAAUUGAGUCUGGGCGAACCAGUUCGGUUGGUAUGGAGAUCAUGGGCUUUGACACCAUGGGCAAGGUCGUCACCUCUGACACUCCUGGGCGCAAGUUGUCUUGGGAAGAAAUUGGCAAGAGGAGUGCAAAGGUCAUCACCUUCACUGACUUGGCUGGUCACGAGAAGUAUCUUCGAACGACAGUAUUCGGAUUGCUCUCAAGCAGCCCAAACUAUUGUCUUCUUAUGGUGGCGGCGAACAACGGUCUUAUUGGCAUGAGCAAAGAGCAUCUAGGUAUUGCUCUGGCUCUAAACGUUCCCGUCAUGGUUGUUGUCACCAAGAUUGAUAUCUGCCCUCCCAACAUUCUGGAGCAGACAUUGACGCAGAUCACCAAGAUCAUGAAGAGCCCUGGAGCUCGAAAGAUACCGACUUUCAUAAAGACUCGUGAGGAAUGCAUAAACACAGCCACUCAGUUCGUCAGUCAACGGAUAUGCCCUGUCUUCCUCGUCUCCAACGUUACAGGGGAGAAUCUUGAUCUGGUCAGGACGUUCUUGAACAUCCUUCCCCAUCACGGACGCUACAACUCAGAUGCCCCAUUCGAGUUCCACGUCAAUGACACUUUCUCAGUACCUUUCACAGGUACCGUCGUGUCUGGCAUCAUCAAGUCUGGUGUCAUUCAUGAGGGCGACAACGUUCUCAUCGGGCCUGAUUCUCUGGGCCAAUUCACACCAACCUCUGUCAAGUCAAUUGAGCGCAAGAGGAUACGAGUUCCCGCCGCAUCGGCUGGACAGUCUGCUUCUUUCGCCUUGAAGAAGGUCAAGCGCAAAGACGUGCGCAAGGGUAUGGUACUUCUACCCCGGAUCGAAGGCCAGGUGAUGCCAAAGGUGCACCGUGAGUUUGUUGCAGAGGGUAAGCAUUUAGGUCAAUGCCACAAUGAGCCACACUAACAUUGCCAGUUCUUAUUCUCUCACACGCCACUACUAUCAAGACCAAGUACCAGGCCAUGCUCCACGUUGGCCCUGUCUCCCAAACGUGUGCCAUCAUCGACAUUGACCGAGCGCUCAUUCGCACAGGAGACCGCGCAACUGUCGCCUUCCGCUUCGUUCAACGCCCUGAGUAUCUUGCUCCAGGCGACAGGCUCCUGUUCCGCGAAGGUCGCACAAAGGGUCUUGGUAUUGUGAAAUCCGUUGGAUACGACCCAAAUCAUCCAUUGAUGCCUAACAAGGAUGGGGAGAAGGAAAAGCAGCCCGUUAACUCCGAGGUUAAAGUGGGUGCUUGACGCGCUUGUGGGAACUCGCCAUAAGGCUAGAUGCCUACGGCUGUCACGAUACCAUGUAAGGACAAGGAUAUGGCGUUUUGUUGGUUUUCAGGAUUAUUGAGUAGUCUAGCUGGUCUCGAUAUGCUUUAGGUCUGUCUCUCAUUACUGCAGCUUUUGUUCAAAUAUAUAAUAUUAUCCUAUGAUUACUAGUAGACCUGAACGCCCGCUAUUGAAGGCUGUCUGUUCUGCGCAGGCAUUGAUCCUCCAUUACCACGACAGGCAUCAAAUACACGCCUUGGAAACUUCACCAGCUCCUGAAUAACUGUUUCAUGCCCACAAUUCCUCUCCAGGUAGAUACAGACUGCCAGCCCCUCUACCACUGAUCUCCUCUGCAUCCACCAUGAGCUGUGUGCCGCUGCUUUUGUAUACCACCAUGCCAGCAAUACCAUAGCCUUGGGGUCUUUCUCCUCCAGUAGCUUCCUAUACCGCGGGUCCAGUUGCGUUAAGAAAGUGAGAAACUGGAUCACUGUAUUGUCAUCGAUCUUUCGGGGAAGCAACUGUGCGAGUAACGACGCAGCGACAUGAUAUGGGUUGUUCUGAGCUGUAGAAGACGGCCCAAUGUCAAAGGCAUCGUAGAACAUAGUCGGAAGGGCAUCGGGCGGAAUGGGCUUAGAACCAUCAGGAAUGCCGUCCCACUCUCUGAGCAACUGAUGGAAAAUACUAUCCUUUCUCGUUGGGUCAGCGAUAUUCCAUACAACCUUCUUCCCAUCGCUCAUUCCUAGCCAGUCAAGAUCCAAGGAAUCAGAUUUCUUGAGGGGCCACACUCCAUACACGUCUUCAGCAUCUAAAAGAGCCAUCGAAGCUGCGCCGAGGAGUGCUCCUGAAGCCCAGAGGGAAUCGCGUUCGGAGUCAGAGAGUUUCGACACAUCGGGGACUGAUCCUGCUGCCAUGAGACGGCGGUGGAAAAGGGCUGUCGCUUGAUACCAGUGGAAAGCGAGGGCUGUGCGGUGAGAAGAUGUUUGGCAGGGGUUUAGAUGCUGAUCAUGAAGAAGAGACAGAGCAAUAAAGACAUGCAUGAGAAAAG